AUGCCCCCAUUCAUCCCCCUCCCCGACCGUCUCCCCCCAAACGGCCGCCUCCCCACCCCGCCCCCCAACUCACCGUACACCCAGCUCCCUCUGCCCACAUACGGUGCCCCGGAUAUCGACCUGUCCAUACCCCUCAGCGCUACUGCCGACUAUACUCACGCGGGAGGAAACAGGAGAAUGUCUGAUAAUGGAUAUGAGAACGGGGGAGGAGAUGGGGGGUAUUAUCCUGGGGAAGAGACCCCGCCGGCGGCGGGGGGAAGCUAUACCCCUGCCGAAGAACCGAGCCGGAAAAGACCCCGGACUGAAGGGGAAGGUGCCAAUGGGAAUGGGUCGUAUGUACCCAGACAACGUGCAGCAGAGCACCCUCCACCACCACCUCACUCUAGUCAACAGGCGCCAAUGCCUGGACAAUCACCGCUGAGCGGCUCGAUAUUCAAUGUAUCGCCGCGGAAUCCUUUUACGGCGGUUGUGGGGGACUGGUUGCUCAGUGUCGCCAAUGGGCAUCAGAAUAUCGAGAUCGAGAUCAAGUUGGGCAUGUUCCAAAUUCCCUCUCAGGCAGGCCAGCCGCCUCGCCGUAUCAACCUACCAUCUCUCAUAGUCAUCCCACCUGAUUACCCUAUCGGCUCAUUCGUCUCCACUCUUGCCCCUCAACAUCACAAAUCCCUCAACAACCUCCUCAACCGCGCCGUCGAAUCCCAAGCUUCUCUCCCCCGCGAUGCCGGCCGUAUCUAUUUCAAACGCUCCAGACUCGUCGACUCGUUCUACGACCUGGGGAACGAAGGAGGGGGCAAGGUUCGGGUCAGUAGGGAUAUGAAGACUGGGGAUGUGGUGGAAAGUGUGAGGAAGAGGAGGGUGGGGGAUUGUAAUGUGUAUUGUCCGGGGUCGGCGUAUGACCUGAGGAUUAGUGUGAAUGUGGAAGAGCCUUGUGAGGUUCCGGAGGGCCAGCCAAAGAUUAUAAGAGAGAAGGAUAGAGCUUGUUAUCAGCAUCAAGUCUGUCGGGUCGACCUCACAUCCGUCAACACUUUUGCCAAACCCUCGGACGCUCAAUGUCAACCGACGAGCUCUUUCGAACUUGAAAUUGAAGUCUUGAAUUGCCGGAGAUUGUUGGCAGAGGGAAAAGCGCAGAGUGAUAGGUUUGACGAGAUGCUGCAGAAUGUGUUGGAUAGCGCGAGGAUGUUGGUCAAGAAUGUCUAG